AUGUCUGUGGCUCAGCUAUCAACCGAAGACAGCAAUUCAAAGCCAAAAAGAGCUAGAAUAAAGGAUCCACUAGUUUUGGGCUUCUCGGACGACAAUAAGAUCAAAACUAUCCAACCCCAUUACAAUGCUUUGGUGGUCACACUCAGGAUAGGGGGGUAUGAUGUGAAAAGAGUGUUGGUAGAUCAAGAAAGUGCUGUUGAAAUAAUUUACCCCGACUUGUACAAGGGGCUGAAUUUGAAACCCGAGGACCUAACGGCGUACGAUUCCCCACUAGUAAGUUUCGAGGGAAAAACAGUUACUCCAAGAGGUCAAAUUAGAUUGCCCGUACAGACCGGUUCAGAUGUUGUGGAAGUGGACUUCAUUGUGGUAGAUGCCUAUUCACCGUAUACGGCUAUCGUGACUAGACCUUGGCUUCAUGCCUUAGAAGCUGUUUCUUCUAUCCUACACCAAAAGGUGAAGUAUCCAUCCAACGGUCAAGUUAAAGAGAUUGUAGGGAAUCAGUCCAUGGCUAGGUAG